AUGGAGAGAUCACCAACAUUGCCUGGGAUACAACCCCCAACCUUUGGGAACCUAAUUACCAUUCUUAGCAUUGAUGGAGGAGGAAUAAGAGGAAUCAUCCCUGCAACUAUUCUCGAAUUCCUUGAAUCACAGCUUCAGGAGCUGGAUGGUGAGGAUGCGAGACUUGCAGACUACUUUGAUGUAAUCUCAGGGACAAGUACAGGUGGUCUUGUGACAGCCAUGUUAACUGCUCCAGACCAGAACAAUCGUCCUCUCUUUGCAGCCAAAGACAUUAAGUCAUUCUACCUUGAGAACUGUCCUAAGAUUUUCCCACAGAAGAGUGGCUUUGGUGGUAUGAUCACAAAGCUUUUCCAAUCACUAAUAGGGCCCAAAUAUAAUGGGAAGUAUCUUCAUGACCUUGUAAGGGAGAAGCUGGGAAGCACUCGCUUGCAUCAAACCUUGACCUCUGUUGUGAUCCCAACUUUUGAUAUUAGGAGUCUCCAGCCUACUAUCUUCUCCUCCUGUGAGGUGAACAUAGAUCCAACUUUGGAUGCGCAACUCUUAGACAUAUGUAUUGCCACUUCUGCAGCUCCAACAUACCUUCCAGCCUAUUAUUUCACUAACCAAGAUGAAGAAGGGAAUGUGAGAGAGUUCAACCUCAUUGAUGGUGGUGUAGCUGCUAAUAAUCCGACGUUGGUCGCCAUUAGUGAAGUAACAAAGCAGGUAUUCAAGGAACAUCCAGAUUUUUUCCCGAUCAAGCCAAUGGACUAUGGUCGAUUUCUAGUUAUCUCGAUAGGGACUGGCACAAGAAAGAUGGAAAGAAAGUACAGUGCUAAAAUGGCAGCAAAGUGGGGUGUUAUGGGAUGGUUACUUAAUGAUGGCUCUACUCCAUUGGUAGAUGUGUUUACACAAGCAAGUGCAGAUAUGAUCGACUUCCACUUAGGUGUGGUAUUUCAAGCUUUACACUCUGAAGAUAAUUACCUACGAAUUCAGGAUGAUUCAUUAACUGGAGCUGUAUCUUCAGUUGAUAUUUCUACACAAGGGAACUUGGAAAAUCUUGUGGAGGUUGGUGAAGAGUUGCUGAAAAAACCAGUUUCUAGGGUGAACGUGGAGACUGGUCAUACUGAGCUUGUUGAAAAUGGUGUAACUAAUGCUGAGGCUCUUAAGAAAUUCGCAAAAUUGCUUUCAGAUGAAAGGAGACUUCGUGAUGCUACCGGGCCUCUGAAAAACUUCGUCCAAAUAAAAAUUGAUGAUAGAGGCACUAGAAUUCUUAAAUAUGACCAGCGAUAUUCACUCAUCCUCACAUGGAAACAAGUGAAACCAAACAAAACAGAUCGAUUGGCACCCUUAUUGAAGGUUGGGAGGUUUUUUCAAACAUUAUUGAGUAAUAACUGGAGGUUGGUGGCUGACCAUUCACUGUAUGAUGAAAGAAAACUUCUAUCAUUAUUAAAUGUGAUCAGCAUUAUCCUCGUGCAAAAAAAUCAGUGA